AUGAUAUUAAAAUUAAAAAAAUAUAAUACAUAUAAAUAUUUUAAAAAUUUUGGUAAAAAUAAUAAAGGAUGUAUUACUAUUUAUAAUAAAGGAGGGGGUAAAUUAAAAUAUAAUUAUAAAAUAAUUGAUUUUUGGUAUGAUAAUUAUAAUGUAAAUAUUAAGUAUAAGGUUAUUUUAUUUAAAAAAUUAAAAAAUUAUUUUAGAAAUACAUAUAUAGGAUGUAUUAUAUAUUUGUCUUUUAAGUUAAAUAGUUUACAAAAAUAUAUUAUUUUGCAACAUAAUUAUUUAUUACAUUCUAUUUAUUAUUUAACUAAUAUUAAUUAUAUAAAAAUUGGUAGUUAUUUACAAUUAAAAUAUUGUAAAUUAGGUAUAUAUAUUUAUAAUAUAUCUUAUCAUAAUACUGGAAGUAUAUUUGUAAGAUCAGCUGGUACUUUUGCUCAAAUAUUAAUUUUUUAUAAAAAUUUAGUGUAUAUAAAAUUUCCUUCUCAAAAAAUUAAGUGUAUAAAUAAUAAUAAUUUUUGUUAUAUAGGUAUUAAUAGUAAUAUUUUAUAUAAUAAAUUUAAAAUAAAAAAUGCUGGAUAUAAUAUUUAUUAUAAUAAAAAAUCUAAAGUAAGAGGAAAAGCAAAAAAUGUAUGUGAUCAUCCACAUGGGGGAGGAGAAGGAAAAACAGGUAUAGGUCGUAAAUAUCCUUGUUCUAGAAAAGGAUUACAUUCUAAAGGAUAUAAAUUUAAAAAAUAA